UAAGGUAAGAUUAGGCCUCUAUCAUCCUUCUCUUCUUCAGUCAUCCUUCUCUCCUCUGCUCAUCCUUCUCUCCUCUGCUCAUCCUUCUCCCCUCUGCUUAUCCUGAUUGCCAGUUUUCCUCUUGCUCUUCAUGACGGAUCACCACACCCACUGAAAAAACCAACUACAGCUAACCAAGAACACGCACAAGGACGCUUCUCUGGAGUGUACUACUUUGUUCCUUGGAUUCUUAUUGCUAAACAGUGCUGGAUUUUUUGGUAGUGUAUAUGUUGACAAGACUCUGAACGCUUACACACUCCAGGAGUAAAGCAUAUCAAUUUUUGCUGCUUAAGGCUUUGCUAAGCCAUUUCUGCCUGAGAAAAGCCCUUAAUAUCCCAAGAUGCUGUGCACCAGGCCAUUCCAUUAGGCCCGAAGCAGAAUGGGUGGAGCCUCGAAGGGCCAGGACACUGCUGACUUAACGGGCACAGACACACAAACCGCCACUGCUCAUGGGUGAGGACGAGAGUCCCAAGAUCAACCACAGCUUCUUGCGAGACUACGUCACUGAGGCUGAUGUCAUUUCCACUGUGGAGUUUAAUCACACAGGGAAUCUGUUGGCCACUGGAGACAAAGGAGGGCGAGUGGUCAUUUUCCAGAGAGAGAUUGAGAGUAAAGGAGAUAAGGAAGAGCUGGGAGAGGCGGGGGAAUAUAAUGUCUACAGCACAUUUCAGAGUCAUGAGCCAGACUUUGAUUACCUGAAGAGCUUAGAGAUUGAGGAGAAGAUCAAUAGGAUUCGCUGGCUGCCUCAACAGAAUGCCGCCCACUUCCUUCUUUCCACCAAUGAUAAGACAGUAAAGCUGUGGAAGGUGAGUCAAAGGGACAGACGGCCAGAAGGAUACAACCUGAAAGAUGAAGAAGGACGAAUGAAGGACAUUUCCACUGUCACAUCAUUACAGGUCCCAGUACUGAAGCCCACUGAUUUGAUGGUGGAGGUGCGUCCAAGGCGGGUCUUUGCAAAUGGCCAUACUUACCACAUCAAUUCUAUAUCAGUGAACAGUGAUGGAGAAACGUACCUGUCAGCUGAUGACCUCAGAAUAAACAUGUGGCACCUGGACAUCACAGAUCGCAGCUUUAACAUCGUCGACAUUAAACCAGUAAACAUGGAGGACCUGACAGAGGUGAUCACAGCGGCUGAGUUUCACCCACAGCACUGUCACCUGUUCAUCUACAGCAGCAGUAAAGGAACAAUCCGCCUGUGUGACAUGAGGACGUCUGCCCUGUGUGAUACACAUGCCAAGAUCUUUGAAGAACCUGAAGAUCCAGGGAACCGCUCAUUCUUCUCUGAGAUCAUUUCCUCUGUCUCUGAUGUGAAAUUCAGCCACAGUGGACGUUAUCUGCUAACACGAGACUACCUCACGGUGAAGGUGUGGGACCUAAACAUGGAGAAAGGACCAGUAGAAACAUACCAGGUUCAUGAGUACCUGCGCAGUAAACUCUGCUCCCUAUAUGAGAAUGACUGCAUCUUUGACAAGUUUGAAUGUGUGUGGAACAGCACAGACAGUGUUAUCAUGACCGGAUCAUAUAAUAGUUUCUUCCGUAUGUUUGACCGGGACUCUGGGCGAGGUGUGACACUUGAAGCGUGGCGUGAAAGCAGUAAACCCCGUGCAGUAUUGCGGACACGGCGUGUGUACACUGGGGGCCGUCGUCGCCGUGGAGACGUGGGAGUGGACAGCCUAGACUUCCGCAAAAAGAUCCUGCACAUGGCGUGGCACCCAGCCGAGAACAUCAUCGCCAUCGCUGCCUCCAACAACCUUUACAUCUUCCAAGACAGAAUAACCCCAGAGAACCAGUGACAUACACACACACUGUUCUCUGAGUGUGUGUAGGUGAAAACCAUGAGAUGAAGCUGGCAGAACUACACACUGUGACACCUCACAUACUCUGCAUUGACUGGACAGAUGAGGAACAAUGUGUUCCUGCUAGGUGAUUGGCUGUCAGCCAAAUCACAAAGAAACUGAAAGAGGACAGAUGAAGCAGGACAAACCUUAUGAACUGAUGUGGCAUUUACAGUGGGCGGGGCUUGCACACUCAUGGGCUGCAGGACAGACUCAGUGUUUGCCAUCACAGGAAAGAUAUUACCUGGUUGUCAUAGUUACAGAAGUAGUCUAAAAAGUCUUCCUAUCAUGUUCUUCCUAAAUCAAUCCCAUCAUGCUAAUACAUAUCACAUAUCACACACACAAAUCUACUUCCUGUAACAGGCAAUUGGUCAAAACCUCAUUUAAAUAACCAUGUUUACUGUAAACACUAUCAUAAACACUACACAACCACUACAACCACACUAACAUUUACACUACACUAGUAUGAACACCACUAAUAUCCCACUUUAACAGACCACCAAACUACACUAACCUUUCUACUUCACCAAUAAUAUACUAACACGAACAUUACACUAUCCUCACUACACUCUUAACACUAU